CCCCCCACCCCAAAAAAGAAAGCUUCACUUGCAGGGCAGAGGUCUCUCCAUUCCCUCUCCUUCUUCGUCCCUGUAGACUGUAGAGAGAGAGAGGGAGAGUCUAGAGAGAGAAAAAGCUGCCGGAGAGCUCUGAGGCUGUCAAUGAGCGAGGGUUUUGCUCCGGUGGUACUCCUCAAAUAACUCUGGUUGAUUCAUUCACUCCCUCCGCCGCCCUCUCAUUCCACUGCUCCCAGGAGAAAGAGAGAGUGUGGACUGGGAAGGAUAGCCGUGCAUCCAAGAGAUUCAGCUGCCUCCGCUGCUGCGAGCUGGUUGAAACCCUAAUCCACCGCCACACCGUAUCGUCGCUGUACAGAGCAGCUCUGCCCGUCUCUAUGUGAUCUCUAAUCAGCAUUGGGAAUGGAAAGGUUUCCGGAAAUCAACGGGCUUCCUUCGAAGCUGCCUGUGGAGGGUCAGACAUCGAAUGCUAGAAUGCUGUCUGUCAGGAAAAUUGGGGAAAUAAUGGAUGCACGUAUUGCUUUACAGAGGGAAGUGCUACAAAUGUCAAGUGGGAACUCGAAGCCAGUAAGAGAAGAAACAGGAAAAUCUGUUGUCAAUUCACAAGAUUCAGAGUGCCGUGCACCGGUGAGAGUGUGGAAAGAGAAGGAUUCUUUGUUGGAGAAGGAAGGAUUAGCAUCCAGCGCUGUUACAUUUAACGGAAGGGGCGUCUCGUUUGACGAUAGUGGCCCUAGUUCCUUUUCCGGGGCUAGUCAUCCCCCUGAGCCAGUUGACACUGAUCUUAUGAAAACAGUGUAUGUUCCAAUUGGUCAGACCAAACCUGAUGCGGCGUGCUUGAUGAACGGGUUGCCUGUAAAAGGACCAUUCCUCGAAGAUCUUUCAAUCAGGGGUCUGAAGAAGAAGCCGAAUCCAGUGGUUCUUUCGCCAGCGGAAAGUAUGGUGGAAGAACCUAAUGAUUUGGGGUUGGUGUGUUCACCAUUCACAGGUCCUCGGGCUUCACAGAACACGGACAAUACUCUCCCAACCCAUGAUCUCGAGGAGAAAGAAUGCGUUUGGGAUCCUUCUUUGCCUCCAAGCGGCAAUGUGAGCCCACAUAGUAGUAUUGGCAGUACAGGUGUUGUCACUGCUAUGAGUAUUGUACACAGUUGCGCGAGCACUUAUAGGAGUGAUGCAAUUACAAGUGAUGGCAUGAUUGGUGUGGACUGGAACUACGAGAGUACAAAAGGGAGUGUAAGUGUUCGAGGUGAUUCACUUGAGAGCACCAAAACUAGCGUGAGUCGAGCUAGUGAUAGUAGCGGCCUCAGUGAUGACAGCAACUGGAGCAAUAUGAUGGGGAGCGCCAAUAAGCCUCACAAAGGAAAUGACCCAAGGUGGAAGGCCAUUCUUGCCAUCCGAGCACGGGAUGAGAUUCUGGGCAUGAGUCAUUUCAGGUUACUCAAAAGGCUUGGCUGUGGUGACAUUGGUAGUGUCUAUCUUUCAGAACUGAGCGGAACUCGGUGCUAUUUUGCUAUGAAAGUGAUGGACAAGACAUCACUGGCUAGCAGAAAGAAGCUGAAUAGAGCUCAGACAGAGAGGGAGAUUCUGCGACUGCUAGACCAUCCAUUUUUGCCCACUUUAUACACACAUUUUGAGACGGAUCGGUUUUCCUGUUUGGUCAUGGAGUUUUGUCCAGGAGGGGACCUUCACACUCUAAGGCAACGACAACCUGGGAAGCAUUUCUCAGAAUAUGCUGCAAGGUUUUAUGCAGCAGAGGUUCUGCUUGCGCUGGAGUACCUACACAUGCUUGGAGUUGUCUACAGGGACUUGAAACCUGAGAACGUCCUAGUCCGAGAUGACGGGCACAUAAUGCUCUCUGACUUUGACCUCUCCCUUCGAUGCAUGGUCUCACCUACCCUCAUAAGAACUUCCUACGGCUCCGAUCCUUCGAAAAGGGCAAACGGGUCCGCCUUCUGCGUCCAGCCUGCCUGUAUUGAGCCAUCAUCAGCGUGCAUCCAACCUGCCUGCUUUCUCCCCCGGAUCUUCCCUCAGAAGAGCAAGAAGAAAGCCCAGAAGCCUCGAGCUGACCUCGGGAUCCCUUUGGACUCGCUACCGGAGCUAGUUGCUGAGCCCACCUCGGCAAGGUCCAUGUCCUUCGUUGGGACUCAUGAGUACCUCGCCCCUGAGAUCAUCAAAGGGGAAGGCCACGGGAGUGCAGUCGACUGGUGGACUUUUGGCAUCUUCCUACAUGAACUUCUCUAUGGGAAGACACCAUUUAAAGGAUCCGGGAAUCGGGCCACUCUGUUCAAUGUUGUGGGCCAGCAACUCAAGUUUCCGGAAUCACCGGCGACAAGCUAUGCCAGUAGAGACCUCAUCCGUGGGCUGCUGGUAAAGGAGCCACAGAACAGACUCGGGGUGAAGAGGGGAGCAACCGAGAUUAAGCAGCAUCCCUUCUUUGAAGGUGUGAACUGGGCUUUGAUCCGCUGCAGCACGCCUCCUGAGGUCCCAAGGCCCAUAGAGGCAGAGCUCCCUGGGAAGUAUGGGGUGGUAGAUCCAUUCAGCGUUGGGAGUGCCAGCAAGAGGAUGGCUACGGGGACUGACGGGAAGCCCGGAGGUAAAUACCUCGACUUCGAAUUCUUUUAGACUCGGGGAGUAGUGGGAUUUACGUGGUAUAAAAUAUAUGUUUUAAGUUAGUCUCCUGAUUCUGCUUCUUUUGCUUCUGUACUUCAGCUCAAAAAUCUAAAUGUAUGAGUUUCCAUGGUAUGAGGUCGGAAUCAAACAACUGCAGUAACACAUGAAAUCAGUGGUCUGGGAAGUAAAUGAUAUUAGUUCAAUGUAGAGAUCUUGUUAAAAGCCAAUUGCAUCUUCCGGGGCUAAAUGUUAUUGUCCAUAUUGCUAUUUAACAUGAGAUGACAGAAGUAAGUUCUCUA